CCAAGACCGGGGAUGCCGGGAAGAAAGUCCCCCCGGUGAUCAUUGUUGAUGAAGGCCCUGCCUCCGGGGCGGAUGACGACAUGCAGGUGGCGAAAGUGCCGCCGGGAGUUCAGGGGCCAUCUUCCGAGGUCCUCAUGGUUUCCCUCCCGGCUGGUACGGCCGUGAUGAACGGUACGGCCGACCCGAGGGCGCUUCUGAGAGGCAUCACCCUCGAGAUCGACAGAGUAGCCCUCGGGGCUGAUGAAGACGAAGCCCUCGAGGACAGGAUCCUCCGGUCUUCCCUCACAAUAAGUCUUUUAUGUUUAUUUCUUUCUCUUCUACUUCGAGCUGAGAAACCAUGUUUGGCCUUGCUAACCCCUUUGUUUUUGUAGACCUGCAUUGCCCUCGGGGAGCAAGCCCGGCGGCUAGAUGAGUGGCGCCUUCGCAAGGCCGAGCAGGAGGCCAAGAUGCGGGAGCUCAUCCGCCAGAAUGCAGACGCUGUUCGACAGAUGGCUAUGCUGGAGGAGAGCCUUCGGCAGAUGACCCUGCGGGCGGAGGCCGCAGAUCGGGGUAGGGCAGAAGCCGAGAGGUCCGCAGCUGAGGCCUUGGAGAGAGCUGUCAAGGAAGCCGAGGCCGCGAAGGUGGAAGCCGUCGAGAGAGCCCGAGGGGACGCAAUCUCGGGGUUCUUGGCAGGGGGGUGGCGGUCCGAGGAGCACAAGCAAUGGCUGUCCUCGGUCGUCGAGUCCUCGGUCGACGAGUGGUGUGAUGGGCCUGGCGUGGAGUGGGUUUCCCGAAAGGGUAAACAAUACUAUGAUGGGG